AUGGCGGUUCCGGGCCGGCAGUAUGGGCUUAUUUUGCCAAAGAAAACGCAGCCGUUGCACCGAGUUUUGCCAAAACCGUCAGUGUUUGGAAACGACUCCGAUGAUGAUGAUGAUGAGACCUCCGUGAGUGAGAGCCUGCAGAGGGAAGCUGCUAAGAAGCAGGCCAUGAAACAGACCAAACUGGAGAUUCAGAAAGCCCUUGCAGAAGACCCCACUGUGUAUGACUAUGACAGCAUCUACGAUGAGAUGCAGAGAAAGAAGGAAGAAAGUGACCCCAAGCUGCUUUUGGGGAAAGACAGAAAGCCCAAAUAUAUUCACAACUUACUAAAAGCAGUCGAGAUCAGAAAAAAGGAACAGGAAAAAAGAAUGGAAAAGAAAAUACAGAGAGAACGAGAGAUGGAAAAAGGAGAAUUUGAUGAUAAAGAGGCAUUUGUGACAUCUGCUUAUAAAAAAAGACUUGAAGAGAGAGCUGAAGAAGAGGAAAGAGAGAAGAAGGCAGCUGCCCUGGAAGCACUUCUGGAUGUGACCAAGCAGAACGAUCUCAGUGGAUUUUAUAGGCAUCUAUUAAACCAAACAGUUGGUGAAGAGGCAGUUCCUAAGUCCAGCUUUCAUGAAGCCAGGACUGAAAUAAAAGAAGAGAAGCCCAGGGGUUACUCUGAUGAAACAAAUGCAGAGCACAGGCCACCACAGCAGAACUGUGUUCUCCAAAGAGGUGUAGAGAAAGAGGAGGAAAACCCAGAUGCUGACAGCGAUUUUGAUACUAAGAGCAGUGACGAUGAUGAAAGGGGAGAAAAUAAAGUAAACCACAGAAGGGAAGACACAGAUGCCUCCAGGACGCGCCCCAGGCAUCACAAGAGCCAGAGCUGCUCACGAUCUUCUAGUGAGGAGAGAGGGCAUAGUGGUAAGCACCACGCCAGAGGUUCCAAGUCAAGAGGCCAUGAGCAAACACGAGGGCAGCACCAGGACAGGUCCAGGGGCCAAGAGAGCUGUCACGUGGAGCGCAGCCACCGGGAGGAAAAGAAUUCUCACAGGCACAGAGAGGCCGAUCACAAAGAUCACUACUGGAAGAGGCAUGAGCAAGAAGAUAAACUGAAGGGACGGGAACAGAGAGAAAGACAGGACACAGAGUGGAAAAGGGACAGAUACUCCUCCAGAGAACAAGAAAGAGACCGAUACAGUGAGAGAGAAAAGAAAAGCAAAGAGAAAGGAGAGCACGUGAAAGGAGGGAAGGAAAGAUAUGAAAAGAAUGGCAAAUACAGAGAGAGGGAAAAGCAAGAUGGAAGUGGUCAGUCUUCAGAAAGACAUCGAGAGAGAAGGGAAGGCAGCCCAAGGUCUAGACCAAAGGACGAGUGUCCUGACCAGGACAGAUCCCGCAGAAUGAGAGACACAGAAAAGGACAAAGGGGACCACGAGAAGCCCUCUCGCUCUGAAACAUCAUUAGCAACAAAACACAGACUAGCAGAGGAAAGGCCAGAGAAGGCCAGUGAGCAAGAGAGGCCCCCUGAGGCCGCAAGCAAGUUCGCAAAGCGGAGCAAUGAGGAGACCGUGAUGUCAGCUAGAGACAGGUACCUGGCCAGGCAGAUGGCGCGGAUAAACGCAAAGACGUACAUUGAGAAAGAGGAUGACUAAUGCCUGUGGGAUCCGGAGUUCCUGGGAAGCACAGAAAAUUGUGACCCCUGGGACUUGCUGUAGGAAAGCAUAUGACUGUGUGAACACUGACUGGAGGGUAUUUUCAAGAUUGGUGAAGUCAAAAGUCAGUUCCUUCAGCUUUGGUGCUUGGCUGGUCUUGUAAGAUAUUCCCUAAGCUAUAACGUGUUCUUGGUUGU